AUGUGCGAUUAUACUCAGGUUGAGUUUCGGUGUGGUCACGUUCGGUAUACUGUGCGGGCAUGGUGUAUCAAUUAUGAGACGACACAUCGUCGGUGCCCACCCAAUGUUGUGGCAGUCGAGUUUAGGUUAGGUGAAUCGGAAAUGUGCGGUGAUUGUAAACAUGUUGGAGAGAUGCCAGAAUGGUAUUCUCGAAUCACCAAAAAGACGGCUCGCAUUCACCUAUGA